GAUCAGGGGAAUGUUGAGGCUGCGACACACAGGGAUGUAAAUAUCAUUCAAAGCUGCCGCGGAUUGUAAACACUUCAGUUGUUUGAGUAUUUUAUGUCUGUAAAUACAAAACACUAGCGUAUCGAACAUAAUGCACUUCUAACGGCUUUCAUGAAUUUCCGGUUACACGUCACUGACACUUCGUUUAAAAUGGUGGUGGUUCAAGGCAUACCAGAGGUCGCCCGAGCAGUUAUUCACAUUGACGAACAGAGUGGCAAGAACAAGUACAAACUUCUGGUGGAGGGCGACAAUCUGAGAGCUGUCAUGGCAACUCACGGAGUGAAUGGGAGUAGGACCACAUCAAACAACACAUACGAGGUUGAGAGGACUUUGGGUAUUGAGGCUGCAAGAUCCACCAUCAUCAAUGAGAUUCAGUACACCAUGGUCAACCACGGAAUGAGCAUCGACCGGCGUCACGUCAUGCUUCUUGCUGAUCUUAUGCCCUAUAAGGUAUGAAACAUUGCUCUCUCUCCCUG